AUGUAUAACUCAUCUUCACUCAUUCCCAACUCAUUUCCAACUCAUCUUCUAGCUUAUAUUGAUAGCCUUGAUUGGUUAGAAAAGGCGAUUAAUCAUAUGAAGAUUUUAAUUAUGUCUUCAAAAAUAUUAUCUAG